GGGAUGGAUCCGGGGGUUCUGGGGCUCUGAGGUGAAGUGUGGGAGCACUCUGUUCACUUCUGGAGGACCUGAAGGCUUUGCCAUUGCCUUGUGGGAGUUUUUGUAGACGUUCCUGGAAAUGCAGAGCCGGCAGCCUUCAUCCUUCCUGCUAGCCCUGCCCAUCUCAGCCCCAUGCCCCCACCAGUCAGCCCUGGGCCACAGGCAGUGAGCAGCAGGCACUCAAGAGCCAAGGCCCUGUGACCAGGCCAAGGAGGGAGGAGUUCCACGGUUGGCCACCUGCCCCCCAUGGAGCUGAGGCCCUGGUUGCUAUGGGUGGUAGCAGCAGCAGGAACCUUGGUCCUGCUGGCCGCUGAUGCCCAUGGCCAGAAGAUCUUCACCAACACGUGGGCUGUCCACAUCCCUGGAGGCCUGGCUGUGGCUGAUAGCGUGGCCCGAAAGCAUGGGUUCCACAACCUGGGCCAGAUCUUCGGCGACUAUUACCACUUCCGGCAUAGAGCAGUGACAAAGCGGUCCCUGUCACCUCACCGCCCUCGGCACAGCCGUCUGCAGAGGGAGCCUCAAGUACAGUGGCUAGAGCAGCAGGUGGCAAAGCGACGAACCAAACGGGAUGUGUACCAGGAGCCCACAGACCCCAAGUUUCCCCAGCAGUGGUACCUGUCUGGUGUCAAUCAGCGGGACCUGAAUGUGAAGGAAGCCUGGGCUCAGGGCUAUACAGGGCGUGGCAUUGUGGUCUCCAUCCUGGAUGACGGCAUCGAGAAGAACCACCCAGACUUGGCAGGCAACUAUGAUCCUGGGGCCAGUUUUGAUGUCAAUGACCAAGACCCAGACCCCCAGCCUCGGUACACACAGAUGAAUGACAACAGGCAUGGCACACGGUGCGCAGGCGAAGUGGCCGCUGUGGCCAACAAUGGUGUCUGUGGUGUGGGUGUGGCCUACAAUGCCCACAUUGGAGGGGUGCGCAUGCUGGAUGGCGAGGUGACCGACGCGGUGGAGGCACGCUCACUGGGUCUCAACCCCAACCACAUCCACAUCUACAGUGCCAGCUGGGGUCCUGAGGAUGAUGGCAAGACAGUGGAUGGGCCAGCCCGCCUGGCUGAGGAGGCCUUUUUCCGAGGGGUUAGCCAGGGCCGUGGUGGGCUGGGCUCCAUCUUUGUCUGGGCGUCAGGGAAUGGGGGCCGGGAACACGACAGCUGCAACUGUGAUGGCUACACCAACAGCAUCUACACGCUGUCCAUUAGCAGUGCCACGCAGUUUGGCAACGUGCCCUGGUAUAGUGAGGCCUGCUCAUCCACGCUGGCCACCACCUACAGCAGCGGCAACCAGAAUGAGAAGCAGAUUGUGACCACUGACUUGCGACAGAAGUGCACAGAGUCUCAUACAGGCACCUCAGCCUCUGCCCCCUUGGCAGCCGGCAUCAUUGCUCUCACCCUGGAGGCCAAUAGGAACCUCACCUGGCGGGACAUGCAGCACCUGGUGGUCCGGACCUCAAAGCCAGCACACCUCAAUGCCAAUGAUUGGGCCACCAAUGGUGUGGGCCGGAAAGUGAGCCACUCAUAUGGCUAUGGGCUCUUGGAUGCAGGUGCCAUGGUGACCCUGGCCCAGAACUGGACCACAGUUGCCCCCCAGCGGAAGUGCAUCAUCGACAUCCUCACCGAGCCCAGGGACAUUGGCAAGCGGCUGGAGGUGCACAAGACAGUGACCGCCUGCCUGGGCGAGCCCACCCACAUCACCCGACUGGAGCAUGCUCAGGCGCGGCUCACCCUGUCCUACAAUCGCCGUGGCGACCUGGCCAUCCACCUGGUCAGCCCUAUGAGCACCCGCUCUACCCUUCUGGCUGCCAGGCCACAUGACUACUCUGCAGAUGGGUUUAAUGACUGGGCCUUCAUGACAACCCAUUCUUGGGAUGAGGACCCGUCUGGCGAAUGGGUCCUGGAGAUUGAAAACACCAGCGAGGCCAACAACUAUGGGACGCUGACCAAGUUCACUCUCAUACUAUACGGCACAGCCCCCGAGGGGCUCCCUACACCUCCGGAGAGCAGUGGCUGCAAGACCCUCACAUCCAGCCAGGCCUGCGUGGUGUGUGAAGAAGGCUUCUCCCUGCACCAGAAAACCUGCAUCCAGCACUGCCCACCAGGCUUCACACCCCAAGUCCUCGAUACCCACUACAGCACCGAGAAUGACGUUGAGACCAUCCGGGCCAGCGUCUGUGCUCCCUGCCACGCCUCCUGUGCCACGUGCCAGGGCCCAGCCCCCACAGACUGCCUCAGUUGCCCCAGCCAUGCCUCUCUGGACCCUGUGGAGCAGACUUGCUCCCGACAGAGCCAGAGCAGCAGAGAGUCUCCGCCGGAGCAGCCACCACCGCCCCCGGGGCUGACCCCAGAGGUGGAGGCUGAGCCACGGCUGCUGCCCUCCCACCUGCCUGAGGUGGUAGCCGGCCUCAGCUGCGCCUUCAUCGUGCUGGUCUUUGUCACUGUCUUCCUGGUCCUGCAGCUGCGCUCAGGCUUCAGCUUCCGGGGGGUGAAGGUGUACACCAUGGACCGAGGCCUCAUCUCCUACAAGGGGCUGCCCCCCGAGGCCUGGCAGGAGGAGUGUCCGUCUGACUCAGAGGAGGACGAGGGCCGGGGCGAGAGGACCGCCUUUAUCAAAGACCAGAGCGCCCUUUGAUGAGCCCGCCGCCACCCUCCUCAAGCCCAUUCCCUCCUUGGGCACUUUUUAAUUCACCAAAGUAUUUUUUUAUCUUGGGACUGGGCUUGGACCCCAACUGGGAGGCAAGAGGGGCAGAGACUGCUUCCUACCCACCUUUGAGCCCACCUGGCUGCUGAGCUGGGGCCCAGUUAGCUGGGGGGGGCUGGAGGGCCUCUCCUCAGCCCUCAUCCUCAUGGGAGGAUGGAGCCACACCUGGGAGGCAGCUGGCUGAGGCUGAGGGUGAGGCCUAGGCCUGCAGAGUUCCUGCAGAGGGAGGGGGCAGCCCUUCUUUGGGUCCUGUGCCCGGUUGCAAUUCCUGCCCUUUUCUGUCCCUCUAAAGCAAUAACAGUCCCCAUCCAGGCAGCAGGGAGGCUGGCCUAGGAGGGAUUUGUAGGAGGUGGCCACUUCUCCAAGGGCUUUGCGUCCCCAACCCUGUUCCACACCUCUGGGUGACCCUCAGCAGAAGUGGCGAUCACAGGAAGGGACCAAGGCAGACAGGUGCUUCCAGGUGUGCACGGGUGGCAUCCCAUCCCUCUGUCUGCCUCUGUGCCCUGGCCUCCACUGGACCAGGCCGAGCUGGGCAGGCCCGAGAUGGUAUCCCAACCACCCUGUCCUCCCACCAGGGCCCAAGCCCCUGUUUUCUGAGCCCCGGGCCGCUUGGGCUGUUGGCACAGUCCCAGAGCCCCUGGGUGGGUGGUGGGAGGGACAAUGGCCUAGCUGGCCUCUCCCACCUCCCACCCGAUGCUGCUUUCCCCUGUGGGGAUCUCAGGAGCUGUUUGAGGAUAUAUUUUCACUUUGUGAUGAUUUCACUUGAGAUGCUGAUGAUUUUUUUUUUUUUUUUGUAUUUGUAAUGGGGUAGCAGCUGGACCACACACCCUCUCACCCCACUGCCUAUGCUGCUCUCCCCUGGCUGCCCAGCCCCGAGGCGGAGGAGGCUGCAGUGUGUUGCCGAGGAGUGAGGAGUAGCUGAGCCCCAAGUCCUGAAGGGGCAGGCCAGCUGGGUGGGCUCUAGGAAAGGGGGUCACCACAGGAUGGGCAGGCAGACAUCUGUGUUUCAAACGGGGCUUGUGGCAAGGGCUUGUGGGUCACUGACUCUCCAAGUCCAGGGGUGGCACCAAGCCCCCUCCAACACUGUGCCCUGACGGAGAAAGCUCUGACCUGCUAUGCCCCCCAAACCCGUCUUCUGACGUGCCUUUUGCACCCCUCCCAUUAGGACAAUCAGUCCCCUCCCCCAGGAGCACCUUUUUCUUUCCUCUACUCCUUGGGGGUCCCCAGCCACCUGCCCAGGGGUGCCCCCUCCUCUCCCAUACCCCUUUUGUGGCCACCCUAGCUGUUUUUGUAAGAUACUGGGUUGGUGCACAGUGAUUUUUUUUCCUUGUAAUUUAAACAGGCCCAGCAUUGUUGGUUCUAUUUAAUGGACACGAGAUAAUGUUAGAGGUUUUUAAGUGAUUAAAUGUGCAGACUAUGCAAACCAG